GUACGUGUGUCUUCCCCUCCCCCCUCCGCCCCGCCCUUUCCACUCCGACAUUGACAAGGUUGAGCCUCCUGCCAGAAGUGUUUCACGAUGCGGAACCGUCUGACCUUCCCCUCGUCCCCCUCUCCCGCCCUCGCCGUCAACAUUGUCCUCUCCAUCGCAUUUCAGAGCGAGUCGUCGCUGACUGUCCUCUCGCAGUAACGCUGCAAUCAAGAGCAAAUGUCAACCUUGUUCCAAGGAUGGCCCUGCCCACCACUGGCCAAUGUCCCCGAUGAUCACCUGCCAGGGUCACCAUAAACAGCACGAGGACUGACUGACUACACGAUGCCUUCUGCGACGUCCUUGACUCUGCGUUCUCUCAAACUACCAUGCCCAGGCCCAGCUUUGCCCUCAUCACCCUCGUCGCCGCUCUGUCCACGGCUGCCGCGCCCCCUAUGAGACGCGCCUCCGGUGUUCACCUUACCGACCAGUCCGGUCGCUUCUGUGUCGACCUACCGACAGGGUGGCUGGGAAACGGCAACGCGAUCCAACUCUGGGGUUGCUCUCCCGAUGACAAUGCCAACCAGCUGUGGGCUUUGGCGAAGAAUGGCCAUAUCACCAGCGCAAAGGAGCCAAGCAAGUGCCUUGACGCAGGCGAGAAUGCCGUGAGCGGCAGCUCCGUUCAUCUCUGGGACUGCUACGAGGGUCUCGCUCAGCAAACUUGGAUCGUGGAGAACGGCGCUGUCCGCCUUCAAGGAGCAAACCUUUGCCUCGACAUCACGGACGGCAAGGUUCAGGACGGAACUCGACUCCAAGUCUGGGAAUGCGACGGCGAGUGGAACCAGAAGUGGACUGUGGCUUCACAGUAGCAUGCGUCUCUCGUUGCCCUGGACAAUCCCGACCCUCCCUUCGUUCGCUGAAUGCUUCUCUUGCUGUCCUCUGCUCCUCUCGCUCCUUACUGUCGUCCCAAUGCCUGUUGAAUGCAAUCAUACCCG